AAAAUUUAUUUCCUUUCAUCACCUCAUAAAGAGACCUCAAACUUAACCCAUUUCUUUUUGGGAUAUAUGAAAAACCACCAACACUGUUUCAGGUGAUGAUCCCCAAACAACACCAUUAAACUAACCCUUUAUUUCAUUUUCCCUUCCACUGAUUAUCAUCACACUGGAAAUGCAACCUUUUCUUCCUAAGAGAAAGUUAUAAUCUUUUCAUCAGCAUUCACCUGCCCCUUCUUUUUGGCGUAGUGAUAUUUAAGUAUUUAGUUAUACCCUCAAAUUUUCAUUACAGAUGGAUCUGAUUUUCUCCAUUGGUUUAUUAUGUCUGAGCUCCCUCUUCCAAGGGAUUUCAGGGACUACAUUUACACUGGUGAAUAAAUGUGACCACACAGUUUGGCCUGGUAUCCUUGGCAACUCCGAGUUAGGUAGCACCGGGUUUGAGCUACCGUCUGGAGGGUCCAGGCCGUUUCAGGCACCUUCUGGUUGGUCAGGUAGGUUCUGGGGAAGGUCAGGUUGCGCAUCGGCCCAAAAUACUGGUCAACUCACCUGCCAAACCGGUGAUUGUGGCUCAAACCAAAUCGAAUGCAAUGGCAAAGGUGCAAGUCCCCCAGCCACCUUAGCAGAGUUCACGAUCGGGUCAGGCACACAGGAUUUCUACGACGUUAGCUUAGUUGACGGCUACAACUUGCCAAUGAUGGUGGAGCCAAGUGGUGGUUCAGGCUCCUGCUUGUCAACAGGGUGCGUCAAUGACUUGAACCGGCAGUGCCCGGCGGAGUUAAGGGUCGGUUCCGGUGAGGCCUGUAAGAGUGCAUGCGAAGCUUUUGGGACUCCCGAGUAUUGCUGCAGCGGCGCCUACGCCACCCCGGACACCUGUAAACCGUCUGUUUAUGCGGGGAUGUUCAAAGCGGCUUGCCCAAGGUCGUAUAGCUACGCGUAUGAUGAUGCUACGAGUACGUUUACAUGUACCGGCGCUGACUAUACGAUUACAUUCUGCCCUUCAUCAACAAGUCAAAAAUCUGCAAGCAGGACAACCCCAACAACAGGCACAGCAAACACAACAUAUGGAUCUAUUACAGGGACUGGACAGGUUCCAAGUGAUGACAAUAGUUCAUGGUUACCAGAUUUUCUUACAGGAGAAUCUUCCAGGACUCUUUCUUCUGGUGUUCUCCAUACGACAUUGUUGGCUUCGGCGAUUUCCUUUAUCUGCCUCUUUAGAUUUUAUUCAUAAUUUCAACCAUCUUCAAACCUGAAAUGGAAUUUUUAUUCGGGAUUUUUCCGGGGAGUACUACCAUUGAUAAUAGGAUUGUAAAAGCCCAAAUUUCAUGGCCAUGUGUAUAGACCAAUAGACUACGGUUAAUUUUGUUUUCCUUUACAUUGGAAGAGUUGUACACCUAAAGCAACAGAUUAGAAAAAAAGAAAAGGAAGAGCUUUAGUCAUUAUUUUAAAUUGAUUAAGAAGGCAUUUGAAGAAAUUUAAAA